AGGAGGAGAGAGAGUCUGUGCGUUAAACUACGAAUUUUAGAGAGAAAAACUGUAACUGAAACAAAACCCAGAUUUACCACUCGCCGCUCCACAUGGGUAUUUAGAGACAGAAAGAGAAACAGUGGGAAGGAGCGGACGAGCCUCGACUUCUCUGAGACCCACAUCUUGCUUUCCUUCCAGUUUCUUUUCUUCCCAAUUAUGGUCGCAAGAACCCCACCAAAGCAAAGGAGAUUGGUGGCUCCUCUCAAUCCUGUUUUACUCAGAGAAACCCUUAAGAAGGUGGAUAAAUGUAUGGCAAGAUUGCAAGAGCUACAAUAUACAGUAGCAGGAGGGGCAAAGGUGAUAUCUGGGGUGAGUCUCAGUCCAAGGAGUACUAGAGGUUACUUAAAGACCAGCCUAAGGUGCAAGCAAGAAUCUAUGAGGAUCAAGAAUUCUGCAGAUAGGAAGUCUCCAGUUGGGAAGUUUCCAUCAAGUACCGGAGGGGAAUGGAAGAGAAUGUCUUUACCGGCAAUGUUGGUAUGCGAAACAGUGGGGGAAAUUCUUCAGGCAAGUCAAUUUGCAAAGGAUAUAGUAGCAGGAGUUGCUAAUAGAACCAAGAAAACAACUCUGGAGGAUCCAAAAACACCGGUGACAGAACAGAGAAAACAGACGCCAGAGCUGGAGAACACAGGGCUGAGAGGCAGAAGAAGAAAGGAGAAGCAAAACAAACUAGAAUCAACCCGAUUAGAAUCUGAUUCCCCAUGCCCUCAACGGGCUCGUUCUCGGAUCAAUUUCAAGGUUUCUCCUUUGAAAAUAAGAGAACUUGAGAAAGAAAAUAAACAGUUUUUGGCAAACAGGGUUUCACCCAGGAACAAGCCAUGGGCUAAGAAGACUGUUCUGUUCCCAAAUCCCCUGUUUCAUUCAGCAAAAUCUACAGAGCAACCGAGGUUUUGCAAGACAAGGUCUCCAGUUAUUGCAAGGAAUAGAGAAACCCCACAUAAGUUCCUGAUCAAGUCUCCUCAGUCAGCUUCGAAGUUUCAAGUGAAGAUAAAGAGUCCACCAGUUGUCUCUAUUUCGCCUACAAGACCAACUAACUCAAGUAAGAAAUCACCAAAGUUGUCUGCUGCUUCAAAGUUUCGAAGAUCAUUCUCACCUUCGCGACUAGCGAAUAGAUUGGUAUCUCCAUUGAAGAGUAGAAGAAAGAGCUUAGACAAAUGUGGACCUUUAAGUGGAUUGAAGCAGCGCCCAGUGGCAAUGCCUAUGCGAUUCUCAACAGGGAGAAAGCAGGGCCUAUGAAUUUUCCUUGUUCUUCGGAAUGACUUUCAAAUAGAGCCGUUGAGGAUAAUUUUUCAGUGUCCAUAAUUUUCUUUGCUCCUCGAAUUACUUUCUGUAGACACCUCCCCCCAUACCGUCUUUCAUACUGGAUUGCCUAUAAAAACACAAGUGUUCUCCUGAAAUACCAGAAGCUCCUUGCUCUUUGCAGGAUCUUUCAUGUUUGAACAGAUUGCUCUGAUUUAAUAGAUUUUUUUUUUCUAGAUACCUGCUCUUUUAUUGAAUAUCUUAGUCAUGGAUCCUCCUGUUUCCUCAUCUUCUUUUUUGUUUUUGUCUUUAUGUACAGAAGCUUUAUUGUAAUUCCUGUUGAGAUUGCAAAACAAUUUCUCUGAUUAUACCUCAAAGAAAAGGACCAAUUACCA